AUGGACGAGCCAAUUCAAAAGAUGGAGAAGGACUGCUCGGCUAUCGUCGAGGCCCAGUUCCCAGAGAUUGAGGCCCAUGCCAAGAGCGGACAGAUCACCAAGUCUUUCGAGCAGCUGUUGGCUCUUGAGAAGCAGACCCGCUCUGCUGCUGAUCUCGCUUCCAGCACACGCGUUUUGAAAAAGUUUAUCCAGUUGACAUUCGAGGCUCAGGAUUGGAAGUUAAUGCAGGAGUACAUCGUCCUCCUCUCGAAGAAGCACGGCCAGUUGAAGCAGGCCAUCACAAGGAUGAUCCAGGAGUCGAUGGAGUGCCUCGAGAAGACCCCCGACAUGAAGACCAAGCUCGAGCUCAUCGAUACCCUCAGGACUGUCACAGACGGAAAGGUGUACUUGGAAGUGGAGCGCGCUCGUGUGACCCGUAUUCUUGCCAAGAUCAAGGAGGAGGAGGGCAACGUGAAUGAGGCGGCCGAUAUCAUGCAGGACCUUCAGGUCGAGACAUUUGGAUCGAUGGAGAAGCGCGAAAAGACCGAUUUCAUUCUGGAGCAGAUGCGUCUCUGCCUGCUGAAGAGAGACUAUGUCCGCGCCAACAUUAUCAGCAAAAAAAUCAACAUCAGAUAUUUCAAGGAGACCGAGGUCCAGGACUUGAAACUUCGCUUCUACGACUUGAUGAUUGAGUACUCUUUGCAUGAGAACGAGUACUUGCAAGCCUGCAAGCACUACCGGCAAAUCUACGAUACCCCUAUCGUCAAGGCAGACCCAGCGCAAGCCAAGAAGGCUGUUGAGAACGCAGUGUUGUUCGUUGUUCUUGCUCCUUUCGACAACGAGCAGUCUGAUCUGAUCCAGAGAGUGUACAUUGAGGCAGAUGAAGUCGAUACCCCCGUCUACAGGGACUUGUUGAAGUGCUUUAUUACCACGGAGUUGAUGCGCUGGGCCAUGAUUGAGCAGAUCUAUGGUCCCACAUUGGGCCAGAACACCGCUUUGGCUACAGGUGACGAGGCCGCCAGGAAGAGACUGAAGGAGCUCCACAACCGCGUCGUCGAACACAACAUUCGUGUGAUUGCCAAAUACUACACACGCAUUACGACGAAGCGUCUGACACAGCUGCUGGACCUGCCAGACAAGGAUUGCGAGGAGUUCUUGUCCAAGUUGGUUGUGUCCAAGACGAUCUAUGCCAAGAUUGAUCGUCCAGCGGGCCUUGUUUCGUUUGCGAAGUCCAAGCACGCCAACGAGGUUUUGAACGAGUGGUCGCGGGAUAUUAACAGCCUCCUUGGGUUGAUUGAGAAGACAUGCCACUUGAUUACUAAGGAAGAGAUCAUCCAUAGCAUCACCAAGGUCAUCUAA